AUGGAGUGCGUGGUUCAGGGCAUUAUAGAGACUCAGCAUGUUGAGGCCCUGGAGAUCCUUCUUCAAGGACUUUGUGGAGUUCAUAGAGAGCGUUUAAAGAUCCAUGAACUAUGUCUCAAAAGCAGUCCAAAUCUAGGGUUAGUAGCUUCAGAGGUUCGACUCUUAUGUGAUCUUGAGCAGCCUGAACCGACAUGGACUGUCCGACACAUUGGGGGUGCAAUGAGAGGUGCUGGCGCAGAGCAAAUUUCAGUGCUGGUGAGGACUUUGACAGAAAGUAAAGUAAGCAAGAAUGCACUCCGCUUGUUUUACUCGCUUGGCUACAAGUUAGACCAUGAGCUGCUGAGGGUGGGAUUUGCCUUCCAUUUCCAAAGGGGAGCUCAAAUAACUGUUACGGUGUCUUCAGUUAAUAAAAUGCUGAAACUGCAUGCAACCGAUGAAGCAGUGCCUGUAACACCUGGUAUACAGCUGGUUGAAGUGACAGCCCCUGCAUCAUCUGAGAACUACAAUGAGGUUGUGGCCGCUGUAUCAUCUUUUUGUGAAUAUCUUGCACCGCUACUCCAUCUUUCAAAACCUGCUGAGUUUGUAGAAGUUGCAAGGUGGAUGGGGAUGGGAAGGAAGUGGUUUAGCAUAUCCUGUUAUCAUGUGGCCUUUUGCAUUACUGAACUAAUCAUAGCAUGUGUAUUGUAUCGGUUUCAGGCUAAUUGA